AUGGAAGUAAUAGCAUAUCAAUGGGUAGGUUACAACCACCUGCAAACUGGCCAGUACAAAGAAUCCAUAGUGUACUACAAAGAAGUGGUAAAACUUGCUUCACAACUUGGAGACAAAAAGAGGUCGCUUAUACUUAACGCUUACCUACGAUUAGGAAAUGCAUUUAGGUGUACUGAUGAUUUUGAGUUCUCGCGAAAGUAUUUCUCGAAAGCUCUAACAGUAGCAGAAGAAAUGAAUGACAAAGCUCUCCAAAAGGAAGCAUAUAGAAACUUAGGACAUGUAUACUGCCACAGUUGUAUGUUUGAUGCUGCUGUCAAAUCGUAUCUAAAAGUUCAAGAAAUUUCUUAUGAUCUUGGUGAGAGAAAAGAAGAAGCCAGCGCCUGUCUCAUGCUCGGUGACACCUUUCGAGAAUUAAAGCAACACGAGAAAGCCAUUAAAUCUUACCAAACGACUUUAAAUAUCAGUGGAGAAUUGCAGGAUAAAGAAAUUCAAGUAGUCGCAAUUCAGAGAUUAGGAAAAUUAUAUUUAACUUUGGCUUCAAUUUGCAGUAAAGAUUGUGAUUAUGAGAAGGCCAUAAAAUGGUACGAAAAGGCAUUGAAUAUUUUUGGAAAAGAGCCCAUUGAUUACCUCUUGCAGGAGAUGGCCCUUACUGGUUUGGGAGUUGCCUACUUUAAUCUUGGAGAUACAGAAAAAGCGAUGGAGUCAAUUCACCAAGCCCAGAAGUUUGCUAAGAAUACCGACACAGGUAGUUAUUUAUUAUAAAUUGCUAUAAAAUUGCGGUUGCCAUAGAGUAUUUUAAUAAAACACAAAACAAUAGACACUCCGAAAAUUGUAAAUAUUAUUUUUUAAUUCUUUACGUUUCGACUAUAAUUUAAGUCAUCUUCAGAAGAAUGCCACCUAUUUCGAAAAGCCAACUAUUUAUAAGCUAGAUGCUUGCGCGUUCAAAGUUUGAUAGAAUAAUAAUUGUCCGUUAGUCAUUAAACUAACGGACAAUUGUUAAUUCUUUCGACGCACGCGCACCAUGGUUCAAUUAAUGCUGGAUUACAACGAUGGAUAUGAAAAGCUUCUUUAAAUAACAAUAAUGACCAACCGUUAGAUCGAUCAAUUACUUUACAAUUACUAUAAAUUAAGUCUACCAAACUUUUGAGAAUAAUUACAAUCUAGUAAAUUAGCUGGAAAAUUUAACAAAGUACGAAUAAACUGAAAUUCAUCACAAUUAUGUACAUUAUUAAAAAUUUCAGACUUAGCGUAUUCCUUGAUGUGUGUGUAGAGACAUCUGUCCGUCUUGCUAAUAUAGGAAGAACAACCAGGGCACGAGAAAUUGUACACAACACAAUUCUUGUAAGGUUUUGGGAUAGGAUCUUUUUGAGAUGUAAAAGUGCUAGCAUUAACAGUUUGCCAGUUGGUGACGAACUUGACUGCAGGUUUCUUUAUAAGUCGCGAGAUCUUACGUGUGCUGUUUCGUACGAGACUACAACCUUUCUUCAAAGAAAGCUAGCAUCUGGCUUAUAAAUAGUUGGCUUUUCGAAAUACGUGGCAUUCUUCUGAACAUGACUUAAAUUAUAGUCGAAACGUAAAGAAUUAGAAAUGUUUGCAAUUGCUAUAUUCUGUGAAAACAAAACGUGCAUUUUUUUCCAAAACUUGGCAUCCAAGAGCCCGAAUCGCCAAGAAUGUAAAUAAUACGAGUCUUGGUUUCAGAAUUUUGAGAUUGAUAUUCAAGAUCGACGAGCAUGAUUUGGAUUUAUAUUACAGCAAUAGUUUUUCCUACAUAGUGUAUAAUAUAUAAUUAUUUAAAUUGUAAAUUAUUUUGGAAUAUUUGUUCCAUAUGUAGAUUCUCACAACGUUGAAACUACGGAUGAGCACAUAAAUUUUACAGAGCAGAAAGCAUCGUACUCACCAGUACCAGGUAAAAACGAAUACUGCUAUAUUUUAUUAUUAUCUUAAUUGUUAUUGUUGAAUCAGUGCCUUUUUAAGGAAUUUUCGCUGGAGGGGGUGGGGGGGGGGGGCAGGAAAAAAGGCAGAACGAAAAAUAUGAGGCCGUCGAGGUUUGGCGAACGCACGAGACUGAAGAGAGAUUUUGUAAAACUUUAAUUUAUUAACUUCAGAUAUAUUUUACUUUAAACAAUAACUUCAACUCUUUGUAGCUAUAAUCGUACAGCUAUAACCAGUGGCGUAGCCAAACCUUAAUUUUGCGGGGGGGGACCUCGCCGAAGGCGUGAGACCGUCUAGGAGGGUCCGGGGUCCGGAAAAUUUUGAAAUCUAGGGUCCCUAAUCUAGCAGAAUUCUGAAGAUUAUAAAGUACAUCGAACACAUGAAUUUUUCCAGACAUUUCCACUCGGAAUUAAAUAAAUUGGAAAAGUCACCUUGAAAAAUAAGAGGAGGGGUCAGUGUCACCUUAUUUCCUCUCUGUGAUGCUGGGAGGGGGGAUCCCAAUGUGAUUUUGAUCAGAAAUGUUGCAUUGAAAUUAUUUUAGGUUCUAUGAGACACCAUUUCCGCAUUCUCAAAAUUGCGUUGCUUUUUCAUACGAUACAGACUAAGUCUGAGAAGAAAUAUUCAUGCUAUGAUGAUGCAUGUAUUUAACAGUUAAAAAUCUAAACUAAAUUUAUUCUUCUUGGAAGCAUAUCUACAACUGCUUUAACGAGAUUUCACAAAUCAACUUCCUCCAGUAGGCUAUAUCGUCUUUUUCCUCAGUCGAGACGUACUUAAUCAGUUUCAGCUUCGAGCAUGUAACGUAAUUUCCAGAAUGGUUUUUGUGGCGAUUGGAGGGGGGCUCUUAAUAUAACUAAAACGUUUUGCAAUAAAACCUGCCAAAACAAAACACAACGCCUCUGCGGAGGAGAGUGCUAGGAAAUAGUUGCAAGGCUUGGAAAGGUUGGCAUUUUAUCGGAUCGUUUGCAUGAAAUCUAUCGCUAUUAUGAAAUACUCGGUGAAGAACAAUAUGAAUUACACACAAGAUGGCUAUGGAGGAGGCUAUGGAAGGGCAUAAUCUCAUUAUUAAGUGAAUCAACUGCAAUUCUGACAGCAAUCAUGGUCAAUUCUGCUUAGCACUUCGGGGGCAGAAAUGGCUUUACUGGGGGCAAAUUCUUUCCCUGGGGGGGGGGGGCAAUCCCCCCCCCAGAUAUAUAGUUAAAAAAGGCACUGUCUUGAGUGAUUUUAAUUGUUAACAAUUAUUGGAUGAGGUUUUUGUAAUAUGCGGAAAUAUAUUUUGUUCAAUGAAAUGUUAGUUUUGAAAUAGUCUAUUUCUUUUCUCUAAAUUAUCUCAAAAGAUUACAGUACGCAUGCUCAAGAAAGUUCGCCAGGACUAAAAACUUCGUCGUCGCAAGUACAAGGUAAGUUAUAGAUAGAUAUAUAGGACAUUACAUUUAUAUAAAAGAGAACAUUAGCUAUAUUACGAUUAUAUUACUUAAAUUUGAAAUCAAGAAAAGAUGUAAAUUGUUUAAAUUCAUUCUGGUGUGUACGGAAGCAAUUAUAUAAUAAGUAUUUAAAACAGUUAAUGGAGCUAGCAGAACGGAAACUUAAAGGUAAUUUGUUUCAGAGGCCUAUAGCGGUUAUAGAGAAAGUUCUUCCUGCUUCUGUAGCUCUAUUGUAUUUCGGAGUUACUAAACUUAAAUCAGCACUGCGAGUGUUCCUCGAAUGUUGUUGGCUAUUCAAAUUUAAUAGUCUGUUUAAGUAAAGUACUCCAGCAUUAAUAGUACGCAUGUAGAUCAUAACACAUUUUCUGAUAUCUGACUCUACAUAAAAAGGUAGCCAACCAAUAUUAUUAAAUAGCUUAAUCGAGAAGUGGCGUGGUUCAGCGUCAAGGAUAAUUCUGGCACAGCGUUUUUGAAGCUUGAAUAUUAAAUAUAUUUUUUGAAGCUUGAAUAAUGAUAUUUAUAUCCAAUUAUCAAUAUUUUCAAAUUAAUAUAUUCAGAUGGGAUUGAAGACAAAGAGUCAGAAAAUGUUGUCACAUUUGAAGAGAAAGAGCCAGUAAUUAUAGGUAACACGUCUAAUAAAUUAAAAUAAGAAGAUAAAUCAUUAAUGAAUAAAAAUUACAUCGUUUAUGAAACAUUAAUGAAAAAGGUGUCUCAGUAGAUAACUGUUUGUUUUAUUAUUGGGAUGAAAUUCCACAUUUAUGUUUACAUUCCACAUUUAUGUUUACUAACGGCAAUUCCUAAUUUUUUUACCAAAUGAUUCGAAUCUUUUGAACAACACAAGAGGUCGACGUCAAAUAAAUAAUUAUAUUUUAAAACUUAUUAAUGAGGUAUUAAACAUUUUAAAAACAUUUUUCCUAUUAUUUGAGUCUCUCACUGACGGGAGUGAAAUUUCAGUCAGAAUUAUCGAAUUAAAUUUAAUUAAAAUUAAAGUUGGAUUUUUUUAUUAAGCAUAUAUAUACCAUUACUAACAACUUGAAAAUCUCAAAAACAAAAAGCGAUAAAAAUGAAGAAUAACCACGUGUUACGAUGAUGUAAAAUUAGAAAGACUUUUCAUUUUUUCAGGCGGUCGUGAGCGGGCAGAAGUAUUGAUGGAAGAAGCGUGCAACUCGAGCAGGACAGAACGAUUACGUAUGGAAGACUUGGUUCUUAUUGGAAACCACAUCGAAAUUUCAGCUUCAUACGUGUAUAGUCGCCAAAUAUCAACUAAAGAACCUUUCACUGAAAAAGUUCGUAAAGCCAUGACAGAAGAUGUUAAAAAAUUAGCUUAUACAAACUUGUUGGGUGCGAACGAUCAAGAACCUGGUAGAAAUGAUGGGGAAUUUGUCAGUAAGGAUCAACAAAUUUUCAACUUUGCAAGAAGUGAAGUAUUUAAAAAUGCUUCGACUCAAAAGCCUGCAAGACUAAAUGUACAUUUGGUCUCGUACAUGAAAUCCAUUGGUCAAAUUGCAUGUGGCAAAAUUCGAGGGACAUGUUUCCUUGUGACGGAUGCGCUGGUGAUAACGAACUGUCAUGUUUACAGGAUGAUUAAUGAUGAACGAACUGAACUUGGAAAUCCCAACUUGCCCAUCACUGUUCGGUUCGAUUAUUUGUACCCUGAACAAAAAGAACAUAACACUGUAGAAGUUGAUGAAGCAAAGGAUACCACGCUUGAGAAUCCAUUGUUGGAUUACAAAUUAUUUCGUUUAAAGCAAAGCGAAGGUCUUACAGAUCGUGUUCCUCUUGGUCCGAUGGUCAGAAAUUGGCAACUAUCAGAUGGUCGAGUUGUUAUUCUUGGUCACCCGGAAGGUAAGGAAAUGCAGGAGGAAGUCUGUGUUGUUGUCGGCUGCAAUGCACGGCUUGACACAAUGAAUAAAAGACAUAAACAGUGUAGUGGCGUACACAUGACCAAUUUACAAUUGAUGUGCAACGAUAUAAUAUAUCAAGAUUUUCUGCCAUACGACACUAGUUUUUUCUCUGGUGCUAGUGGUUCUCCUGUUUUUGAAAUGAAUGGCAACAUCGUCGCCAUGCACACGCAAGGAUAUCACGUAGAAAAGAACGGACGAAAUACUCCCGAUCAACAGGAAAAUAACCAGAAUGAAGAGCAAGAAAAUAUUCCAAAUCAGGAGCAAGAAUAUGUUCUGGAUCAAGAGCAAGAAAAUAUUUCGAAUCAAGAGCAAGAAAAUAUUUGCAGAAGAGGAAAUUUACAACAAUAUGCAUUGAUGGAGUUUGGUGUCCAGUUUAUCUCAAUCUGCAGAGACUUGAGACGAUAUCAUGGUGAAAAUGUUGUUAAACAAAUUUUUCCAAAUUAUGAAUUAAAACCUGGCGAAGAACCAAUGGAUGCAAUCUAGUUUUACUACAAUCAUAUGACACUUAGAUCAACUGGUAAUUUUUGUAAAUAAAUGUGCACCUCGACAUGUGCUUAUUUGCUGGGGGAAUUAUCGACAGCACGAUGGAGCAGAAAACCAUCGCAGAUAAAACAUCAUUACACGUAGUCUCACAACAUUGAAUGGGGUGGGGGUUAGAUUAACAUAAUUUCAGCCUAAUCGCUGCACGUAUUUUUUCACCGAUGUAUGAUACACAAAAGAACGAGCACUAUUGAACUGUUCAAACUAAGUUCUAAUGCGUGUUUAACACACUAAAUACUGCAUUAUUAAUCAUAAAUUAGUUUAAGUUUAACAUUAUGCGCAAAAUAAAAAACAAAAACGUAAGAUGGAAAAUUCUCGAUGUAGAUCUAUUUUUGGGCGAUCUGUAUUUUUGGAUGUAAAACAACAUCUAAGGGGUAUCAAUUGACCAUUUGCGUAAUAGACUAAAUCUAGACAAAAAUUUCAUCACAGCUUGAAAGAGCAUCACAAAAUUAGUAAUAUUCCAAAGUUUGUUGCGAAAUGUUGUAAAAUGCCUUGAAGGGUAUUGAGCUGUCAAUUUCCCGUUUUUACUCUAAAAUGACUGAAAAUUGCAAAAUUCGCAAGGCUAUAUUUUCCGCAUUUUACAACAUUUCGCAACGAAAGUUUGGAUUUUGGAAUAUUACUAAUUUUGUGAUGCUCUUUCAAGCUAUGAUGAAAUUUUUGUUGAGAUCAAAAUUUAGUCUAUUACGCAAAUGGUCAAUUGUUUCAUGAAAGAUACACAGCUACCGUAACUAUGGGAAUAAUGACGUUUCAAGAUGGCGGG